GCACACCUUACGGAUGAAGAACUGGAAAGGGAUGUUCAGUCCUUUGUCGAGAAUCACCUGCCGUCUGUCAGAUACGAGGAUCUCCUGCGUGCUGCUCGAGUUGCAAAAGACAUUCGUGUAUAUGAUGAAGUUGCAAGACAGAAAGGGUACAACUUUGAGUCCACUCUGCCGGUGCAACUGACGAAAGAAGAGAAAUAUGCCUUGCGUCGAGAGAGAGAUGUCCCCUUUAGUGAGAAGGGCAUGCGGAUUGUCAUUCUCACGGUUUCCAUUGCCGCCUUGUUGCAAGGCUUUGUUCAGUCCUCCUUCAACGGCGCUUCGCUGUAUAGAGAGGAAUGGGGGCUUCGCCGGGAUCUCGGACCCGAUGACACGAGCGCCGACAACUGGAAGCUCGGGGCUGCCAACGCAGCGCCCUUCUUCUUUGCCGCGCUCAUCGGAUGUCCCCUUGCGCUGCCCAUCAAUUACUGGUUUGGCAGACGGGGCGGCAUCUGUGUUGCUGCGCUCCUGAUCUUCGCCAGUUCCUUGGGUGCGGCAUAUGCAAGGACGUGGUAUCAUCUACUCGGGAUUCGGGCUAUUAAUGGCGUCGGAAUGGGCAUCAAGGCCGUCAGCACGCCGAUUCUUGCCGGAGAGACUGCUGUUGGGUUUUGGCGAGGCUCUGCCAUCCUGGCCUGGCAAUUGUGGGUGGCAUUUGGCAUCAUGCUUGGCUUCGCCUUCAACCUCGUCUUUACAAAGGCGCAGUCGAGCUUGACAACGCUCUCCCUCAUCAACGCCGCACCGAUGGUCCCCAGCUUCUUCCUCUUCAUGAUCACACUGUUCCUCUGUCCAGAGUCACCGCGAUAUCAUCUUACAAGAGGCCCCAACUACAAUGUCCAAAAGGCCUUCAUCAGUAUGGUGAAGCUUCGAAACACAGAGUUGCAAGCAUUGCGAGACAUGUACCUCAUCUACAAGUCGCUCGAACAGGAAUCAAUGGCCUUGGGUAACCUGGACGCGCAUGCGUUUCGAUCACCGGGGUUUGUGUGGGUUAUCCGGGACUUUUUCAGACAGUACGCGCAGCUGUUUCAACAGAGGCGUCUGUAUAACGCUGUCAUUUCAACGUCAACCGUCAAUCUGGCCCAGCAACUCUGCGGAAUUAAUGUUCUCGCGUUCUAUUCGGGUAAGCCCGGAUACCUCUUCAACGGCGCCGGCAGUGAUGUGCACUCCAAAGUCAUUCCAAUGGCAUACAGUCUGGGCUUCGGCGCCAUCAACUUUCUGUGUGCCCUGCCAGCUGUGAGGAGCAUCGACACACUGGGUCGGCGAAAAUGGCUGUUGGCCACUCUGCCAUUCAUGGCGCUCUUCAUGUUUGGUGCCGCCCUGGCCUUUACGAUCGAGCCCCGAAAUAUCAGAGUCGGUGUUGCUGCCUUUUUCCUUUUCACCAGUCUUUGCUGCCGUGGCACCGCUUGGGCUAUUUCAAUCAACCUGGGCUUUGCCGGCCUCUUGUCCAUCGUCUUUCCAAGCAUCAACUCGGGCCUCACAGAAACCGGCGCCCUGGGCCUCUUCUCCGGCCUCAACGUCGUCGCUCUAGUCAUGGUCUUCCUGCUUGUGGAGGAGACAAAGCGUCGCACCCUCGAAGAGCUGGACCACAUCUUCGCCGUGUCCAAGAGGAAGUUUAUGCGCUUCCAGCUGUUUGAGUAUCUGCCAUGGCUGGUCCGA